AGCCAAACUAAUAGUGGGGCAGGUGGCAGACUAAAGAGACUGCCUUAGGGACACGAGGUUCCCAACAUGCCGCCACCACCACCACCCCCACCCCCGGCCCCCCCACCCCCUCCCGCGUUCAACACAGCGCCACCAAAGCUCAACAAAGGUGAACAGAAGGACAGAGGGCAACUCCUGUCCUCUAUAGAGGCAUUCAAGAAAAACAAGUUGAAAAAAGCAGAAACCAAUGACAGGAGUGGACCUUUAUUAAGCGGAAAAACCUCAUCAGGAGGAGGAGGAGGAGGAGGGGAGGGGGAGUCAGACCUGGAGGGGGAGGAGACAGAGGAGGAGGGGGAGGAGGGAGGGGGAGGGGCUCCCUUGGGCCUUGGUGGCCUUUUUGCUGGAGGAAUGCCCAAGUUGAAAUCCACAGGACUCAGGCAAGAUGGAGGUGGCAACCUAAACACAGAAAACAACAAACGCAGCCCGAGUCCCAACAACAGAUUUGCCGGUCGGAGCAACAACAACACAGCAAACAACGUGGGCACUGUUCCCCGCGCCAUGCCCAGUCAAACUAACAACAACACUGUCCCACGCCACACCCCCAACAACUCCCAACCCCCACCCCCUCCACCCAGUAACAGGAACGUACCCCCGCCACCCCCCUCUAGCUCCAAUAAACCAAGACCCCCCUCAGGUCAACAGAGACCCCCCUCUGCUCCAGCAGGGGUAAGAGCUGCACCCCCCUUCGGGAACAGACCACCCCCUCCACCACCAGGGAGACCAGCGUCAGCGUCAGUAGGAGGGCCAAGACCGGGACCCCCUCAAAGAAUGAGGCCACCACCACCUUCAAAAGGACCCCCACAGAUGGUUCGGCCACCCCCUCCACCGUCCACCUACCCCCCUAGAAUGAACGGGCCCAGUUCGACGCAAGGACCCCCUCCUCCACCACCCCCUGGUAUUCGUGGUCCCAGACCCCCUCCCCCACAAAUGACAAGACACCCUACCCCGCAAAUGACAAGACCCCCUCCACCACAAAUGACAAGACCCCCUACCCCACAAAUGACAAGACCCCCUCCCCCACAAAUGACCAGACCCCCUGUUCCACAGCAGAGUAAACCCCCUCCACCACCAAGCAGUGCAAGACCACGUGGCCCCCCACCCCCUCCCACAAGAGGAGGGCCACCCCCUCCACCUCCAGGAGGUCCCCCUGGCCAAAGACCCCCUCCCCCACCUCCCCAUAGAUCUGCAUCAUUUAGGGAUACACAGGGACCCCCUCCCCCACCCCCUGGCAGGGGCCGACCCCCUCCCCCACCCACGAGGGGGCCUAGCGGAGCACCACCCCCUCCCCCUCCCACAAGAAAUGGGCCUAGGAUUUCCAUGCCUGGAGUGCCUCAGAAAAGUGAUCUAACAGUACAUGCCAAGAGGUUUUCACUUACCAGCUCAAAUGAAUUUGAAGCAAGGUUCACCUUCCCGACAAGUCUGCCUACUCCGCCACCCUUCGAGAAAACCAACAAGACGUACCCUAGCAAGAUAAAAAACAAAUCAGCAACAAGACAAAGAGGAGUUCCCCCUCCCCCACCCAAACGGUGAUAGCAGCGCCGCCUAGCACCUGACACUUAACCUGCAGCCUGCAGUUAGGCAUGGGCCGACAAAACAAGGAUUAACACAGCUGAAGAUACUAUCACAAAUACUCCAAUGUUCAGGGUAAAAAUCCUUAUGACUGAGGAACGAAUAGACAGUAGAAUGUAAAGGCAAGACAUUGAGUUUAGAACUAACGAAGAGUUGUUGUCAAUCCUUGCGUUGUUUGUCGGUCGGGCCAUGCCAUCUCAAUUCUGGGGACAGCAUCAUCACGUGCUUGCAAAGGGACCGUCCAAUGAGUUGGCAUUAUGAGAUGUCCGCUAACAUAGAGACUUACUGUUGUUGUUUAAGUUAAAACUUUUCUUCCAACACAAGAGACAUUGUUGUCACCUAGAGCUUUUGACCAGUCGCUCUGGU